AUGCCGCAAUAUCCACUGUUGCCAACACCAUUCGACAAUGUCAAAACCGCUACUUCGGAAAAGCAACUGUCGACCGAGUUAGAGAUCUUCAAGUACCUAGAGUCGUUUGCGAAUCCGACUGCUCCGGAUCAAGAAAGCCAAUCCAUUGAUUCGGUUAAGCUUUCUUCCUCCAGUCACAUUUCUUAUCUUUACUCAAAGCUCUUCAACCUGCCCGAUCGAUGGAUACAACUAGAUGCCAGCCGUACUUGGAUUAUGUAUUGGGUCUUGGGUGCCCUAUCUAUGUUGGAUGUUAAGAUCAAGCCAGAGGAAAGGGAUAGAGCAAUUGAGACAAUAUUGUCAUUCCAACAUCCUGAUGGCGGCUUUAGCGGUUCCCCUGGACCAGGUCACCUAGCCCAUCUCGCCGCAACCUACGCAUGUAUCUGCUGCUUGGCGAUCUUACUUGAGGAUGCUGAGCAAGAUGUUGUCAAUGAUACCUGGUCUAAAGUCGACAUAAAAAAAUUAUACGACUGGAUGCUAAGUCUGAAGGUUUCCGACGGAAGCUUUGCAGUCCAGCACGAGGGUGAAAUCGAUGUUCGGGGCUGUUAUGGGGCGCUGGCCGUCGCCGCGAUGCUCAACUUACUAACGCCUGAGCUCGUCAGGGAUCUCCCGCAAUACUUGGUCAACUGUCAAACCCACGAAGGAGGUAUGGCAGCGACUUCGAUUUCGAAUCAUACUGACCAAACGCCGCCAGCGUAUUCUGGUAACCACACGGGUGCACCUGUGGGAGAAGCACACGGAGGUUACACUUCUUGUGCUUUAGCAUCAUACUUCCUUCUUCAAGGAUACCCUAGCCUUCCUAACACGCAUAAAUUCGAUGUUGAAGCUUGCUUGCGCUGGGCCGCUCAAGCCCAGGCAUCGCCAAUCGAAGGGGGCGGAUUCCGUGGUAGAACCAACAAGCUUGUCGAUGGCUGUUACAUCUGGUGGUGCGGUGGACUGCUCCCUCUUCUUGAGGCGAUGCUCAUGUCAGACACUUCACGCGAAGAAUUUCCUGAUUUGUGCGACCGACAGGCCCUACAAGAAUAUGUUCUUCUUGCUUCACAAGAGCCAACUACUAAAGGAUCAAAAGGUGGAUUAAGAGACAAGCCGGGAAUGGCUCCUGACAUGUAUCACACUCAUUAUAUACUAUCUGGCUUGUCCGUCGGUCAGCACAAGCCAAGAUAUUCCGCCAAGGAGAUUAGAAACAUCACCGAAACUUUUCAACUUCCUGUCUUCUCCAAGUGUGCUCUUGGGAACAACGAGAGCGAAUCAGAAGCUUCAAAGAGAAUGGAGGGUAUUUAUUCAAGGAUCCUAGGAUGGGAAUUUGAUCCGAAAGCAAAAUUGGUUGUUGGUCCCCCUGAAAAUGAAAUCGGACGCGUUAAUCCGGUUCUUAAUGUCAAACACUCAGCUGUUAAACAGAUUAUGGACUAUUUCUAUCAUCAAACUCGCUAA